AUGGGUGCCGGCGCUUCAUCAGCAGCAGCUUCCCUGCCUUCAACGGCUCCCACCCCAUCGGAGCUUUCCAAUUGGCCUCUGUUCCCGGCGGCCCAGUCGACGCCCGCCGUCUCGUUUGCGGACACGCCGCUGACCACAACGCCGUCGACCACGCCGGCCUCUCUCCUUUCUUCGCUAUCCACACCGCUGCUGGACUCGUACGGAUCCCAGCAGCUGUCCUGUUCUUCGGCAAGCUCCUCUUUCGCUCAACAACAAGAGCAGCAGCUGCAACAACAACCCCUGCUCGAUAUUUUUGACUGGUCGUCGAUCUUGACGAUGCCGUACGCGGACCCCAUCAUGUUUCCGCCGUCUCGCCUUGGCAUGGCGUCGCACCACCAUUCGCCCUCGUCAUCGGUGGGCGCGACCAUGGCCACGUCAACGGCCACCCAGUCGCGCACGCCACCUCUGUCGCUGUCGCCGGCCUACUCGUCGGAGACGUCGCCUGUUGCGCAGGCGGCCGACGGCGGCUGCAGCGCGAGUGUAGCUGUCGGAGAAGACAACGACAACGACAACAACAGCAGCAGCAGCAGCAGCAGCAGCAACAAUCUUCAGUUUCUUUCGUUCUUGGACCUGUCUUCGCUUGGGUCGACGCCAGGUAGCACCGCGGAACCAGCCGCGUCUGUGGCCAUGGCACCGUCCGUUUCGUCGUCGUCUGCGUCUGGCACGUCGGUUUCGGCUGUAGCCGCGCCCUCGCCUCCGCCUCGUUCUUCCCUUUCUUCUUCGUCGUCCUCGGCGCCGAACGUCCCUGGCCUGACGCUCAGUCGUGCUGCGCGCGGCGUCCACAAAAGGUCGGGUGCCGGCGGUGCGCGUGUCCGGACGUCCACGACGACGGCGGCUGCAGACGACGAGGAUCUCCUCCUCAAGAGACAGCGCAACAGCUUGGCGGCGCGCAAGUACCGCCAGAAGAAGCUGGACCGCAUCUCGGAGCUGGAGGUGGAAGUCGGGCAGCUGCAGGGCGAGCGCGACGCGCUGCGCAUUCAGCUGGCACGACAGGAGGCGGAGACGACGGCACUGCGGAAGAUGCUUCUUGUGCAGAGCCGGGACCGCGAAGACGAUGGAGGCAGCAAGCGGCGGAAAAGAAAGUAG